AUGGAGGAGACAUCGGCACUACACACUACUUUGGGCCUCCUUCCGCCCGCCGUGGUGAUUGAUUCCCUUCGCUACGUGUCCGCACGGCCUCUGCCUAAGACCACGCCCCAAGACCACAUCCGCCGACUCAUCAAGGAAAGCAGGGAAAUCGGAGCUGAGCAAUUCGUGGCCCGCCUCAAGUACGUCCUCCCGUGGAAGCCGACGCAAGCGGCGCUGCUGAGCGAUCUCGUCGACGUGGAAGAGGACGAGGACGAUGUCGCCGAUAGGCUCGAGAAGGAGCUCAAGAAGGACCUCACCAGCUCCGACCCGUCUGCCACCUUCAAGCAGGUGAACGGGAAGGUGGUCAAGGCGUGCGCGACCGAGCUGAUGCUCGACCCCAGCCAAGACUUGGAGGAGCUCAAGGCUCUGCUCGUUGACGAGAUUAUACUCACGGGGAUGGAGACUCUCUUCACCAUGUACGUCGACGCCGCUUCGCCCAAUUCAAUUCCUCUGGUUGCGUGGCUGAUCCCCCUCCUCGCCACCAGAUUGCCUCGAUCGGUACUCGACCAGUACUGCGCGCACUGGAAGCUGGAGCGUACGGGCGGCAAGGCUGGCCUCGUCGCCCGGCUGCUGGCUCACCUGUUCGAUCUCGACCUCGACGACCAGGUCGAAGCCGCCGCCGCUGAGUCCGACGAACCGGAGAGCGAUGAGAUGGAGGUCGAGGCGGUGGCCAAGUCCAAGCCCAAGAAGGAGCAGGUGGUCGCAGCGGUGAAGAAGGCGCCUGGCCUGACGAAGAAGACAAAGGCGACCAAGAAGACAAAGAAAAUGAAGGAGAGCGAUGACGAAAGCGAUGGUGAUGAUGAUGAUGCUCUCAGCGACGAGGACGACGAAGAACAAGAAGAGUGGGAGCGAAGCGAGAAGAAGAAGUUGGCUAAGCGACCCAUGGACGGGAAGCGGCCGCUCGUCGAGCCUAUCGUCAACUCGCCGGCAGCUGCGAAGGCGACCAAGACCGGGAAGAGGCCGGACCUGGCGACUAGCCGGGCGAUGUCACCGCGCACGCCGGCGGCGAAGCCGGCCCAGAAGAAGGCGCUCGCAAAGAAGAAGACGCUGCAGCUGCCGGACGACAUGCAUGAACUCAACGUCGACAUGAAGGAGAGCAUGAUCGUGCGCAAGUACAAAAUGCAAUGCCUCAAGAUGAAUGGACUGAGCGAGAUUGGAUUGAAGGCGGCGCUGGCGGCGCGCUUGCACCUCUACAUGCUCGAUGUGGCCAGGCAGAGCGAUGAAGAGAACGCUGACCCCAACUGCAUGGAGGACUGA